UUUGCCCGAUGCUGAAAAGAAUAGAGCGACGGCACCAGGUGAACCUCCCUGGAGAGCGUAUUCCACAGUCAGGGCACCACCGCUGAAAAGGCCCUUCUCCUUGUGACUUUCAGGUCACAAAACUAGCACAGGGUUUUUGCACAUUUCUCUGGGGCCCUGAACGGGACUCCUUCGAGGGAGUGUGCACGUGCUUGUGGUGUGGUGUACACAUGCAUGCGCAUUCUUACAUUUCUGAAUUUGACCACUGCUCUUCGUGACUACUGAGCCCCAGGUCAGCAUGCUGGUCAACUACCAGGUGCCCCUGCCGACGCUUUGGAAGUGACGCGCCUUCUGGGAGCAUUGUCAGAGACAUUGUGAGUCAAAACAUAAUGACAACCCUCAUAAAAAAGUGGCAGAUCUCACUGAUGAGCAGCAGAUGACCAACUUGUUAAAAAAUCACACACACACACACACACAUGUACGUGGGGGGGAGAGGGAGAGAGAGAGAGACUUUGCCAGCUGUUCAGGUAAAUCUCGGGGCCCAAAAUGUCUAAACAUUUCUCAUGUACCAUGGAAAAAUACUGUUUCCCUCACCCUGCUGGAUUUCUAAUUUUUCCUGCUUCUUUUCUUGCUGGAACAAGAUAGCAAUAUUUUAAAGUCAGAGCAGUGGGGUUAACAUUAUUAAUAAACUAUGCUAGAUCCUCUUUCUUAUCCUUUGCACAGUUUGGGGGUGAACAAUAAUACAUUUAACAUCAUUAGGUGGUGGUGACGGUGUUAACAAGAAAUAUCACCUAAGCCCUUUCUCCAAAGAGUAAAAAUUCCAUAACAGAACAGCAAGUAGAAAAUCUUUGCUUGAAGCCUUAAAAUGCAAGAGCAACAGUGUCUCUUAAAAAAUAAAAAGGAAAGAAAAAAGUAAUUACAUAGGUAUGUAGAUAGCUGUAUAAAAAUUUCAGAAGUAAAAGUUUCUGCAGGAAAACGAGGGAGCAUAAACCCGUUUCACAGGUUUCUGCAAUGAAACACAAUUUAUAAAUAGAUUAAUAAAAAUGCAGUGGCAUUAACAUAAUUACUGCUGUCGCAAGUUUGUCUUCAGCAGAGUUUGCUUGCAAAGUGUUGUCUUGUGAAGAUAACUCGUGUGUGUGUGUGUGUGUGUGCGCGCGUGCGCGCGCGCGCACACACACACGCUGGCUGGGCUAGCUUUCCUUGGUUUCUGGUUACAUGAGACUUCCAUGAAGGACCUUUAUGCAAAGACCUAUCUUACUAAAAACACAUCCCUCAGUGUAACAAGAAACCCUAAACCAAGCAGGAUAUUUUAAAACUGAAGCAAUGAAGAUUAGAUUAACUCUCCUCCAAACUGUGCUCUUCUGUUAUUAUUUUUGGCUGGAAUGCGGAGGAAGGCAGCUGUCUCCGACAAGGGUCGGGAGAGUCAGUUUGGGUUUCAAAUAUGGGGUGGAACUGUGGGUUUAUCCCCUUGUGGGUUCUUUCUUUUCUUAUUUUUUUUUAAAGAAAUAUAAGUGAAUUGGAAAAUAACAGGCGUGGGCUAUCCCUUCUGUUGACACAAAAAUCUUGUACAGUGAUGCUGUUACGGGGAAAUGUUUUGAUAUCCAGAACUGUUCGUAACAAGAGCCCUGUUCAGGCGUUAAUCCUGGACAGGGCAAACAGGGCAGCUAGGAGGCACGGGGCCACGUUUGUAGGACUCCUUCCCAGCUUCCUACAUGAGCUGGCCUGGCCUCCUCGGUCCCAGCCUUUCCCAACCUGCGAUCUCAAGGGGGCUUCCCACUCCUGGUGGCUUUCAGAGGUUUCAGAAGCUGGAACCCUGAUCAGUCCUGCUCAGGGCCAGGGAUGGGAAAAGGGCCAUUUCUGAGCUUCCCUAAAUCCCCUCAAAAUCUCGUCAAAGCCCAUUUUGGCUUGCUUCCAUUUUCAAUCCAAUGUUUGGCUUUUCUGAAUGGAAAAAUGGUGCAUUUCUUGGGAUUGGGCCCACUUCUCUCAAAACACAACAUCCCAAGGUAGGAAGCUCAGACUCUGAAGGUUUACUGAAGGUUUACUGAAAUGCCAGGAUUAAUGAGUGAGAUAAGCCAAGCAUCUGGGGGAAACCAGGGGGGGAAGGACUGUAGGCCACGGAGGGUCAGAGAGGGCGGAGUGUGACUUCUUCAACCAAAUGGUUGGUCAUCCAGCCAAGCAAGGGGGCCAGUUUAGUAAUGCCUAGCAUUUCCACAGUCCUGCCCACAAACAGCGUAGACCUCCCUGAGGGUGGAGUCAGCUGCCUUUGAAGGAGAAGAGAAGAGGCAGAUUAGCUUGCUCACCAGUUAGAAGGAUCACUACUUGGAUAGAUGUUACUUGUAAGCAACUUUAUUAUUGCUCACUCUGUAUUGCAAAGCCAGCCUAGCUCAAUAAAAGACUGUAUUUUAGAAGCCUUUUGCCUCUUCUGGAGAGGGAAAAGGGGAAAGAUGUGCUCACAACAAUUUCUGGGCAUAUUUUUCCCAAGUAUGCACUUUCCCUCCUGGUGAAAAAAAGUGUACUUUUGGCCUUUUUUGGAGACAUGCCAUUUUUCAAGAAUAUUUUAGUUGAUGGUUCUAAUAUGGUGUGCUUUCCUUUUCAUAUUUUACAUUUUGUAGUUAACUUCUAAUAACUUUGGUAUGCAUUCAAAUUUCCCAUGGAAGUUUAUGCCAUAGGAAAUUGGUUGGUUUUUAAGAUGCCACCUUGUCUAGUGUUGAUGCACUAGGCUGUCUGAUUCUUCUUGUCCAGGGCUUGUUCUUGGCACUUCAGUUAAGACUUUUUUCUGUCCUUCUCCAAAGCCAAUUGCACAGGCUUGUGGAAUCAGGAGGAUGCAUUUUUGGAACUGAGAUAAAGAUUCCGAAGUGGUUCGAGCAAGGAAUCCCUGCAUCAUGAUAUCCCUUGAAAAUGGGCAGACUGGUUUUCCUGAAAGCACGAACUGUUUUUCACCUGAUAAGCAAUAAAAGGCAGGCUUGUUGUGAGCAGGCCACCUGCCCGCCCUUUCUAGCAGGCUCAGACAAACUUUAGAAGCUCCGCUCGUUGAUUCAGACUUGAUGACAGGCAACAGAAGAAUAUAAAUCAAAGUUCUCAUUGAGAUGUGGGAGAGGCAUCUGCCCAUGAGAGGAGUUGAACCCACACUGGAAAUGUUCCCUCCCACUCCCCAACCUUUCAGAAAGAUCCUGGCUCCCCCCACUUGGGGUGCCUUCUGUUGUUUGAGGGCGAGACGGUGGGAGUGCCUGGUCGUAACUGGUCUGGUCACUUCACCUGCCAUCUCCUCACUGGGUCAAGGAAUGCCCCCUACAUCUGCUCCACACCCAGCUCUGGAAAGUCUCCUUCCUUUUCCACACUGGGCUGGUUCUCCUGCUCUGCCUGAGAACUGGGAACCUCAAGACUGCCAAGUCCUCUGCCUGCUUUUGCCCACCUGCCUCCUCUCCAGAACCAGAUGAAUCUAUGUGAGCAGAUGGCGCUGUGUGAGAGAUGGGCCCCUUCUCUACAGUGCUGUUGAACUAUUCUGUCUCACAGGUGAGGACUGGGGCCCACAUGGGCCACACUGGACUCGUGGGGUUCCUGUAUCCCUCUCUAUCACCACAGUGGUCAGAAGUGGCUGCCCUGCCAGAUCCUCAUGGUUCUGCUGGGAGCAUCAACCCUGCUUCCCAGCAGCAUUUGGCUUCUAGCAUCCUGUCAACCUGCCUCUGUAUUUGACUGGAAAGUAAGGUAUGGUCCCCACAUGCCUUCACAGCAGAAUCAUGGGGCUACCAGGAGUAUCAGGGUUGGGCUGUGCCAAUGGUCAUGGCUGGUCUCCCAUGGCCCAUGGAUCAUGUGUUAGCCAUGCCUACAGUACAGCAAAUACAGUAUAUCAAAUCAAUAUACUGUCAGCACUCCUGCAGCAUAUUCCCUCUGACCCACAGAUGGUUCAGGUUUCCACUCAGCGCCAAGGACAGACAUCGCCAACCUGGUUCUCUGCCUUAUGUGUUAGUCUAUAGCCCCAUCAUCCCCAGCAAGCAUGGGCAUCCUCUAGUGAUGUUGCUUUUUAAGAGUAUUUGCAACUGGGCAAAGGGAAUGCUGGACUGGUGACUUGCAUCAAGUUCCAAAGAAAAAUGUAUGAAGUAAUUUUUAAGCCUUUGCAAGUGUAACUGAAAAAAGCACAAAAUCAUAAGCUAGCAAAUUAUGUUAAGUCAAAAGUCUUUUAGAGGUGUGCAUUUUAGUAAGCUUGAUUUUUUAAAAAAAAUCUAAUAGAAAUAGACAAAUAACCCAAUCUAAGAAACAUAACACAUGUAAAUUCAGUGAGAGAUAAUUAGACAUAGGAUGUUUAAACAAUUGCCUGGUUAGAGUAAUCAGUUUUGAAACUUCCCUUUCCACCAAAAAUGAUGCCUUUGAUUGGGCAAUGCAUCUUUUAAAAAAUACUUUUAAGAUGCAAAACAUUCUCAUCAUUUUCAGUGUCUAUCUUUGAAGGAGCUUUCCCUUCUAGAUAAGAGAGAAAGGGGAAUGUCUUUUCUAAGACGAUAAUCAUGCUAACAUGUGGGAAUACCAUCUAGAAAUAAAAGUAUAUUUUAACUUUCAAACUAGUGUUGUACGUAGGCUGAUUAAUUAAAGCUAAGAAUAUGACUAUUGAACUAACCUCUUUGGGAAGCAGUUUUCAAUGUAAUUAGCUAGAAGUUAACAUCUGCAUGGUUUUGAUUCACAAAUCCAAAAAGCAUAACUUCUGUUUCAGGCAUUUCCUGGCACAACUAUAGUGUUAGAAUAGAAGGCAGACUGGGAGCUAUCUGGACUCUGGGUGAUUCGAAGUAGAUCAGCCAGGGCUUCUCCGAGCUUCCAGUAAUUUUGCAACAGCUAGAUGCUUCUGCUGCUCCUUCCUUGCAGGCCUUUGGAAGCAGGUUGCCUUAUCAUCCACGAGGAAGCCUGCAGGGCUAACAGCUGAACUUUCCCAUGCUAACUUCAGGGCAGAGGAACAUGCCCAGCUGAGUUGGGGAAACCAGUCAAGCAGGACAUUAGGAACAGUAGCCUGCAAAAUUGCAGGAUACAGCAUACACAGAUCUCAGAGUUCUUCUGAGGCUUCCACUCCAGCAUCCUGAAUCAGGCCUUCUUCCUCCUCUUUACAAGAUCGAGUUGCUUCUUUCCCCUCUCACCAGCUCGCCACAUUUUGGUAAUUAGUUUUCUCAUUCCACUAUGAAAAGCAUUGCAUUGGUAACUCCAAAUAAUGCUCUGCCAUGCUGUCCCCUCUCUCCUCUCCUCUCCUCUCCUCUGGGUAAACUUGACAGCUGGACUUUAGAGCUGAAAGGUUUAAGAAAAUUGCCAGACUUCUGGUAACGUUUUGGGGGAGUUACAUAUGAACACUCAAAACUGCUUCACAUCAAGUCAUCCCAUUGGUUCAUCUAGGCUGAUAUUAUCUAAUUAAUGGGUAGCGACUCCCUGGGGCGAGGACUUAAGAGCCCUGCUGAACCAGAGGCCUGUCUGCUCCGGCAUUCUGUUUCCACCGUGGCCAACCAGGUGCCACAAAUAGAACAUGAGAGCAACUGCACCCUCCACUUGUGUUUCCCAGCAACGGGCAUACAAGCCCCACUGCCUCUGAUACCGGAGGAGAUAGGAGAGGCAUCAUGCCUAGGCACCACUGCUGGCAUCCUCCUCGAUGAAUUUGCCUAAUCCUCUUAGAAGGGCCGAUCUCAGGAAUGUCUCAUCAGUAUCUGCCACCUGAGAGCCUUCAGCUGAGAUGCUGCAUCUUCCAGUGCACUUUGUGCGCAGGAAGCAGCACUCAGUCAUUUUACUCUGGCCUUCCAGACACCUCCAUUUAAAAAUAGAUGCUAUGAAUAUUUGAGGGCCGUAGCAAUUUGGUACAUACAAGGAGGUCUCUCUUGUGUACCCUGAGAUGUGUUAAAAGCGGUGGAAAAGAAAUCACACCUAAUACAGUUUUCCCUUUCCUACAGCUGUUAAAAAUAUGACAAACUCUUGUGAUGGGAAAAACUUGAUUUUCUGCCCACCUAAAUAUUCAGCUACUCUAUCUAUUCAGCUAAAACUUAUCUCUAGGCAGGCUUUAAGGGUAGCACAAUACUAUUAUUUCCCUCUUAAACACUGGCAUCAUAGCAAAGGUCCUUUUUGUGGGGGAAAUGUGUUUUUGGGGAGAUACUCCUGAGCCAGGCGCCUCAUUUAUAGGGAAGAUCAAUUAAGGUGGCCACUUACAAAUAUCUAAACAGAGGAAAUGUAAGCAUCACCAGUAAAUAAAUAGCACAAAACAGGGCCUGUAUUGACACAAAGUUUGCAGGUACUAAUUUAUAUGUAUACGAACAAGUUUUAGAAUUAUUCCUGUACUUUAAAUAGAAACAUAGUACAUCUCACCAGGGACAGGGAAGACUGUGACCAGGUAACCUGUUCAGCCUUUUGUCUGGGAGUUUACUGUUGAUUGAUACCUUGGGGGGUCCCUGCUCUCCUUCAUGGGGCUCUUAUAUUUGCAUCCAGACUUGAAUUGGACAGCUGGUCCGAUGGAGGGUGCUUGCAAAUCAAGGACUGUCUUCUGCAAAGCAGGACAUGUGGCCACCCUAGUAGCAAUAUCUGAGAAAGGUAUUAGCAGAGGACAGAAGGUGUUCAUGUAAAUUGUACUCCAAUAAGACCAGAUUCACAUGUACACUUUCCCCAGUUUGCAUAUAGAUUACUGCUGGUCCUGAACCAACACUUUCUGAUAUGACAGGGAAGGGCUUAGUUCAGUGGUUGGAGAACAUGCUUUGCAUGCAAGCACUUCCAUGUUUAAUUCCUGGCAUUUCACAGUAUGACUCUGAGAGCUGCUGCAGUUAAUACACUGGGCAGUACUGAGUUGGUUGGAGCCACCUGGCAUAAAGGCAUGUCCUGUGUUCCUAUGAUGGGAGUGCCAGUGACCUGCCCGUCUAGGACAGUAGAUCAUAACAGCUAAACCAUGACACAUGGUCCUCAGUAUGUCUCCAGAGAAAAUCACCAAGGCAAUUGACCAAGAGCGACAAGAGCACUGCAACUCAAGGGAACAUGCUGGUUUUCAAAGAAGAAACUCAUCUAGAAUAAUGUUCUGCAGCACUUUUCCUCCUGGGUCAGGCAGUCACUUGAUGAAAAGAUAAGACUGACUUGCACCUGAUCUCCUGUCUUGCUAGAAUGUGAGUGUUACUGUUGAUGGGAACUGGUUCAAUUUGCAAAGCCCAUCUCUGACCCCCCCUACCCACCCCUGCAGUUAAUAAUCCAAAUUUGGACUGAUUAUGAACCCAAAGUCAUUGGAAACACAACCAAGUCUGAAUGCUCAUCAGAGUCCUGGGCACAUGAAACUCUAGGACUCAAUAGUUUCUCCAGGGUGCUAAGGAUUCAGACAGCCUGUGAAAAUGACAUUUCUCAGGCUCCCUGGUAUCUGCAGAUGCACUGAUGGUGAAGAAAGGCACCCUGACUUGGGUUCUGAUGUACGGCAAAAGGGGAGGUUUGCUUGCUUUGCUAAAUGCUGUAUUUGUCAAGCAGCUACACAGUAUGAGCUGUCCGAGGUUAGAUUCAGAGCCAGGUAAAUGCAAACUUUGCUGAUUUCACAAGAAAUCAUUUUUGAGCACUGCCUGCUGCAAACAGGACUUGAAAGAAGUGAGGGCAACAGCUUGAUGAAUCUGCCACAGAAGACAAGGGAGAGAUCGCUCAGUUCCUGGCUGUCAAGCUCCUUUUCUCUGUACGUUCAUUAUUGAUGAUACGGUGGCUGCCAGAUGCUACUUCUCUGUGUAAGAAAGCGAACUUCCUCCUUUGCCAGUAAAAGCAUCCUUUUGCCCUUCCUUAAGUGCUAAAACCAUGACUUAUGAAGCAAGCUGAAUUCUGACUUUGGGUCAGGUAAAAUGGAUGGAUUAGCAUUAAGAACCGGACAUCUCACUGAAUUAAAUAUUUAAUACAAAUUGUUAUGGCAGAGUAUGAGCAUAUUAGUCACCAAAGCCUUUAAGUGCACAAUUUGGUCCAUCUGCUGCUGCAGAGGUGCCCGAUAACUGCAGAAUAAUGGUAUGCUGAGGGCAGAUGUCGGGAGCAGGUUUGGCUCAGAUCAGAACGGGAGCUCGAGCACAGGCUUCCCAGCUCCCGGACUUUCAGGCACUGGAGCAGCAGCUGCCUUCUGUUCUUACUCACACAAUGGAAAGUUGGGCCCAGCUUUCCAGGCUGGUCAUAUUAAAUGUCAAGGGGAAGCUGAUACUGAUAUGUGCUGGAAAAAUGUCCUCUCUUUCAUCUUCGCCCUCAUCAGGCAAGCAAAUGGGGCUGCUUCGCUUUAUUUCGCCUUGCACUCGUGCCAGCGCAUGCAGCGGGCUGGAGGCUGCCUCUCCAGAAACGGUGCCAAUGUUGUCAGGGAAAAGUAUCAGUUGCCUGUGCAAGGGCAAUGACUAGGUUGAAAGUCCAGGAGAGCAUCCACCAAAGAGUCCCCUUCCUGCAUUGCCUUCGCUCUUCACAGGUUAUGCCUGGAGCAGGAUGUUUCUUAAGAUGCCAUCAUUUGCCUCAGUUACCCAGCUAAGCAUGCCCAAGAUUCAGGGCCCAGGCACAGAGGGCAAAGCUCUGUAUUAAAUUUGCAUAUGUUAAUUUAUAUAUGCAAAUUUUGAAAUAAUGGCUAGGAUUUAUUUACAUUACACAGAAGGCAGAGACAGCCACUCAAUUUCUUUUCUAAUUUAUUUCAAAUGAAGCAGGUUAUUUUGUGUUCCACCUCAAAUCAUUCCAAACUGAGGGUGCCUCUUCAAAGAUGGCUCAUUUGCAAUCUCUCGUGUCCCAUCCACCCUUAUUUCUCUUUUUCUCCUGCAGGAGGAAAUUGUUCCUGUCCAGUGCAAUUAAGCUUAAUGGGAAACCUCCCAUUGGCAUCAAUGGACAAUGGUUUCUGGGGAACAGAUCUGGAGCCAGGAUGGGCCAAAGCCGAGCUGUGCCCCAGGCGGCAGAGUUAUUGAUUGCUUUACAUGUUCCUGAUCUGGAAGAGAUAUCCAGGCGUGCAAGCGGUGCUGUUACCACCAGUCAAGCAACCCAGAAUGGUACCUUCUGGAGGCUUUUGCCUUUCAAGCUGGUCUCUUCAAAAGGACUCCUGAACUAUCAGUUCUCCCAUUGAUGAAGAUUGGCUUGAAUUCUAAUCCUGCCUACUGAAGUCUCUCCAGUCCACACCAACACCGUCAGCACUUCCAGCUUGAUGAACUACUCUCCACUUUUUCAUCUAAGCCAUCAUUAAGCACGUUGAACAACAUCCGGAGCACAGCAGAGUGCAGAGUGAGUGCAAUCGCUACCUCUUGCCAGCUGAAGAACAAUCCAUUACAAUAAAGUACUCUCUAGGUGGCUCUGCUCUGGCUGGAAGAAGCAGCUUUUGUGUUACCAGCAGAGAAAGGGCAGAGGGGAAUUUCAAAAGAGAAGCGGCUCCCAGAGCACACUCCAUAGUUCUAGAUGUGAAUCAAUCCCAUGAUGCAACAUGUCUCCCCAGCGCCAGCUCUGACAAUGAUGGCCACACAGACCGUACCCCCUCCCCCUUAUCAAGAAAGCCAACAGAUGACUGCCACAGCUCAACAGCCAGCGAAAGCACAACCCGUCCACAUCACUACGCCCUCGGCAGCAGCCAGCACCCCGAUCCCCAGCACUCCCAUCGACCCUCAGGCACAGCUGGAGGCUGACAAGCGGGCUGUCUACAGGCAUCCUCUCUUCCCUCUCCUGACGCUGCUGUUUGAGAAGUGUGAGCAGGCAACGCAGGGCUCGGAAUGCAUCACUUCCGCCAGCUUUGAUGUCGACAUAGAGAAUUUCGUCCACCAGCAGGAACAGGAGCACAAACCAUUUUUCAGCGAUGAUCCUGAGCUGGACAACCUGAUGGUGAAAGCAAUCCAGGUCCUGAGAAUUCAUCUGCUGGAGUUGGAGAAGGUGAAUGAAUUGUGCAAGGACUUUUGUAAUCGUUACAUCACCUGCCUCAAAACUAAGAUGCACAGUGACAACCUACUCAGGAAUGACCUGGGGGGGCCUUACUCCCCAAACCAGUCCUCCAUUAACCUACACACCCAGGACAUGCUGCAGAAUUCUCCUAACUCAAUGAACGCCGUCUCCAGCAACCCCCAAGGAAUCGUGGUACCUGCCUCAGCACUGCAGCAGGGGAACAUCUCCAUGACAACGGUCAACUCACAAGUUGUGUCAGAUCUCAGCUGUCUUCCUAAAACUGUGCUGUGCAACCCUGUCUCUUUGCCAGGUGGAGCCCUUUACCAGCCUGUAACUAUGGUAACAUCUCAGGGCCAGGUGGUAACCCAAGCAAUCCCACAGGGAGCCAUUCAGAUACAGAAUACACAGGUUAACCUGGACCUGACCUCUCUUCUUGACAGCGAAGAUAAAAAGUCGAAGAACAAACGGGGAGUCCUGCCGAAACACGCUACGAAUAUCAUGCGCUCCUGGCUUUUUCAGCAUCUUAUGCACCCGUAUCCAACAGAGGAUGAGAAGAGGCAAAUAGCGGCUCAGACAAACCUCACGCUCUUGCAAGUCAACAACUGGUUUAUCAAUGCCCGACGACGUAUCCUGCAGCCCAUGCUGGACGCAAGCAAUCCGGAUCCAGCCCCCAAAGCCAAGAAGAUCAAAUCGCAACACCGGCCGACACAGAGAUUCUGGCCCAACUCUAUCGCAGCGGGAGUGCUGCAGCAGCAAGGAGGCAACCCUGGUGCUAACCCCGAUGGCUCCAUCAAUAUGGACAACCUCCAAUCCCUCUCUUCUGACAACGCUACCAUUGCUAUGCAGCAAGCCAUGAUGGCAGCUCACGAUGACUCACUUGAUGGGACAGAGGAUGAGGAGGAGGAUGAGAUGGAGGAGGAAGAGGAGGAGGAGGACGAGGAGGACGAGGAGCUGGAAGAAGAUGCCGAGGAGCUCCAGACAACAAACGUUAGUGACCUUGGCUUGGAGCACAGUGACUCGGUCGAGUAGAGCGCAAGCGGUGGCCAAUGCUGGGGGCAGUUGCCUCCCGAGAAGCUCUUUGACCUGCUUGCCCAUUGUAGAGAGAGCCUGAACUUUGACAUAGACGCCCUGCAUCCCUUUAAAGAUAUCGUUCAAAUCCAGUGACAAUGCCCUUACCAGGUGUCCUGCUCUGCCCGCUCACAGUUGCAGGAAUGGACGUGAAUGCACAAUUAGGACACCCUGUCGAAUGUGCAAACUGAUUAUUUAAGUGAAGGACACGCGUUUACAAGGCACAUAUUGUGGCCAGUUCCCCCACCCUUUUGUUUUUGAUAAUACCAACAACAAAAGUGUUUUUAGGGUAAGCUGUUUUCUGUAUGACUGACUGUUUUAUGGAUGUUCUAAUGCAUUGCCUUUUUGUGACAUGCAAUGGAGAGGCAAGUCUGUUUUCAUUUUCACUGCUUUUAUGAGAGAUUUAUAGAUGCAAAAAAGAGCGUGUGAGAGAGAGAGGGAGAGAGAAGAAGAGACUGAUGGUUUUUACACAAAGAAAAAGAAACUAAAAGACUGCAAUGAGUAUAAAUAUCUAGAUGUAGAAAAAAUUAAGUUUGAAAAUUUGCAAAAAUUUAACAAAUGAACAUUGAGAGAGUUUAAUGGUGGAUCCACUAGACUCCUGAUUGGUUCUGAAGAACUGGAUUCCACCUCUUCAGGAUUUUACUGGGGAAGAUCCCAAGAAACACACAGAGGGCCCAGGCUUUGUGGUUAAUACGCCAAAUAAAUACCACACAGCAAUCUGAAUCAUGUUGGGAGAGGAGCAGAACCAUUUCAGCCUUCUAAAUGGAGUGUCACAAUAGUAACAUGUCUGGUUUGAGUCUCUACUGAACUAUGUAGCCUCAGCUAAUCCAGAAAGAAUGCCACUGAAUAAUUAUGUUAAUUGUUUAGAGGAUCCUAAAUGGAAAAGUAACAAAGAUGGCUUUAUGCACCAGUAGAAUAUGAGCAGACUAAGAGUCCCAAAUAUUUGCAAGCAAAAGGCUGUUGCUGCCUUAGAGAAUUCACAAAUUUCCAAGCAAAGGGGGCGGGGGGGGGGAGUACCUGGAACCAAAUGAAAUUGCUAUCCAGGUGGUGAGAUCAAUGCCUUUUUCACAAUCUAAUUUGCCUGGUAUGCCUCACCUGUCAGUUUUUAUCACCGGUUGCUCUGCCACCUCCAGAGCUCCCAGAUGAAAAGGCCUCCAAGAAGCAAUAUUCGACUGGAUGUGUUUUAUACAUGCAGACUGGGAUCAGAUGCAUUCACAGCUUUUCUCCCACAGAAAACCAUUAUCGCUCAGUCCAGCACUUGUGCUACACUGUCUCAGCCGAGGUUGCUUUGCAGCAUUCCUUGCUGCCACCAUCACCUCUUCCGAGGGAGAUGGUGCGCCAUUUUCCUUCUCACACUGCCAUUAUCCUUUCUUUGCAGCACUGGGGUAGGGCGAGGUCUUUGUGAUGAUCUGCUGUGUCCAAAGCACCCACUUUGUGGAGGCGUGUUGAAGUAAACAUAAGCACUAGCCUUGCAAAUGCCAGUUUGUAUUUAAGGCAAUUUUCCCCCUCAAGCCUCCAGAAUGUGGCUAACAGAACUCAACCAGCUGCAGUGUGUCAUCCAGACAAAAUCUCAUAAGUAGCUGUCAAGUUCCCCUGAUCUGGGGGAGAUGUAUAGCUCCAGAAGUUCUUGAUUUUAUGGCCCUGCUGGUGAGGCACAUGCAGGUACACCCUGCACAUGAACAUGCAUCUCCUCUCCCUACCUCUUGAGCUCUAGGCAUCACCAGCAAGUGGAGGAAAAGUCUCUCCCAUUCCUUAGCAAAUCUGUUAUUUCUCUUCCACUAUGAGCAGCAUGAAAACAGUGUUUUUGGGGGGUGGGGAGAGGUCCUUUUGCAACCCAACCCAGCUGGGCUGCAAAGAAACAUGCAUGGGAUCCUGGCAGCUUCAGGAUACGCACAAGGUGGCCAAGAGCAACAUUUGUGCACUGCUGCAUUGUUCUGUGACAGACACCCAGGCCCCAGUAUAAACACAGAGCACAACUGAGCGUGCAGACUCUCAGCCCCACCUCACUUCUCAUUCAAGAGCAAGAGCACAUUUAGGAUAGGCAAAAGAAUCAGGGCACCGAUCUAGCACAGAGAUACUGGGCGGCUGCAUUUUCCUCCUCCUGGGGGGGCAUGGCCAUUUGUGCUCCAGAAAACAGAGCUUCAGAUGAUCCUUCGGUGAGCGUGGCAGUGCUCAUACGCAGAAAUGAGUUUUAAAAGGUGGGGGAUUGCUUGCUGUGACUCCACAAACCUGAGGAAGUCUCAGAAAUUAUUUGUGCUCCUCGUAUAUGGCUAAGGAGGGUUUAAUCUUGAAUUUCACGCAUGCAACAGUUUCAUCAGUACUAGAUUCAUGGAGAACACCAUGUAUCAUGGUCCCUCCAUCAGAGCCUUCUGCAACAAGGUGGAAGGAGCUGAGGGUGGAACGUGGGCUGAUUUCUCCAGAGAGGAGAUGUACAUGGAGUGUGCAUCCAGUACCCUUUAAACAGCAGCACCCUCCUAAGAAGUCAGCCAUCAUGCCACUAGGCUUCCUCCCUCGUAAACGCACACCCUGGCAAGCGAGCGUGGCCUUAAUGCAGCACUGGACGGGGAUGAUUGGAGAGAAAUUGGAGUAAUAAGAUGUGCUGAUCUGACUGUCACAGACACUGAUGCAGUUCAAUGUGUGCUGACUCUGACCAGGAAGAGAGCUGGUCCUCUGUCAUUGCUGGGUAAAGGCUUAACGGGGAACAGUCCUCAGGCAAGAUCCUCUCGGAGGGCUUCCUACCUUCUUCCCACUCCUUGCAGCCAAAAUCGCCUCUGCCCAUGUUCUUGCCUUUCACUUGGGGCCCAGUCUGUGCCAUCUCCCAGAGACAGAGGACCAAGCCCAUGGAGAACACUGGCUCUCCUUCUUGCCCUUCUCGCUGCAUGCUCACUUCCUGGGAGAGGGAAAGGAGGUCACCCUUGUUUGCUAUGAGAAGAAGCAUCAAGACCGGGAUGUUCUUAGGACUGGCUGUGACCUCUGACUGAGACACUAGCUGCAGCAGGUGCCUCUUUAGGGCAAUCCUUGGCGCUGCACCUUUGCCCUUCACACCUCCAGUUCCUGUGCUCCAGAUGGUUGGAGGCUACCCGUGGCAAGUUCUCCUCAUGGUCAGGGCAGCCUACUGUGACCGCUGUGGUGGCUGUUGUGCCACAAAAGGGUCUCCCGAAGUCCCCCGGAAUGUCUGCCCAGGAAGGCCGCACAUCUCAGCACUGAAAAAAGCACUUGCACAAGGCACACCCCAGCCACACACGAUGCUCCUCUUGUUCAGUCUUUUCUUCCUCCCCCAUGGCUGCAUGAAAAAGAGUGCCAUUUAAAAUGGUUGUUAAUUUUGUUCUGUACCUUGGUGCUCAGGAAAACGUCUCCAGUGUACUCAAAGAAUAAUGGGUGGAUGUGUGUAGCAGCUUGCAAUCAAUUCUCUGGAUUGGCAGGUUGUCAGAUUUCCCUAUCAUGAAUGGGUUUCUCCUGGAAAAAGCUGACGUUUCAUGUUCCAAUAGAGGUGUGAGACCCCUCACCCCCAAUCUAUUUAUACUCUGUGUUAUCCAAUCCAUCUACUUUACUUUUGUUUUGCUUUUUCUUCUUUUUGAAGCCAUCAUUACAAUAAGGCUCACACUUCCAAAGUGAAGCAGGUCAGAAAAUUUCCCCCCUUCAGGUGUGUCUUUCCUGUAAAAAAAUUAAUAGAUAGAUAAAUAAAUAACCACAAACACGCAUAGGCACAACACCCCUUGCAAAUAGUUUGCACACCUUUCUCAGUGGGUCAACCAAACCAAUCCUGAACUUCCAGGUCAAUGAAUUUGCCCUUUUUUAAUGUUUGAUCAAAAGUUAAAGCUUUACUUGUCUCUAAUAAUUACUUUCUUCUCCCUCACAAAGUACAGUUUUCAAUUUGCUCCUUCUUUUGGCUCUUUGAGGAGUUGAGAGGUUUAAAACAAUCACUUUACAUUAAGAGAUGUAUUGAUGAUAAUUCCUUGGGAAUGUAUUGGAAUAUCAGUGGGCAUAAAAAGCCCCCAUUUUGGAUACUGAUAUGGCAUGAAUGUAAUAUGUAAUUUCAUAGAAAAUUCAUUGUAAUUUAGUAUUGAUUCAUGUCCAUUUAUUAUAAAGUGCUACCAGAUGAGGUUUUUCA